UGUGGAUUCCAACACAUUGCACAAUUUGUGACUUAAACAUUAUUUAAGGAUAAAAGUUUACUUUAUGCAAAUGGAAGAACAGUUGUUAAGAGAAGAAACCGGUACCAUCACCGCGUCCAUAUUCAUACGAGGAGCAAGAAAGAAUAUAAAAACCAAAUGCAAUAUCCUUGUUGAACACACAUGUUGGUUACCUGGCUAGGAAGACGCAGGAAUGCUAUAUGUUAAUGCAUUUCUUUUAUUAUUAAUUGUAUGUUCACAUCAAGCUAAUAAUCCAAAUUAAAGAAGAAAAAAAUCUAAAAUGUUAUGCUUUUUUACUUCAGCUUGCUUUUUGAACUAGGCUACCGCUCGUGGAAAUGAGCCCCAGGCGCACCGCACCUUGCAGAUAACGACAGGUCACCGACAAGUGCAAUCCAGCCUCGGAUCCUUGGAGGACAAUGCCUUCCCUGCACCAUGGGGCUGUAGUAAUUGGAGUGUUUCUCAUUGUUACGGGUGGGGCCACUGCUUUCCUGAAGUCCAGCCACGGCAAGCUGCAGGCGUUCAGUCUGUGUUGUGUUGUGCUUGGUGCUCUGCUUUUGAUCCUUGGACUUUUUUGGGCUAUGAAUGGGAAAAGCAAUGCUGGCUCUUACGGCAGCGAAUACAGCCACGUCCUCUUUAACCCCCCGCCUGGUCAUUUUCCCGAAUCCCAGUCGGUUUUGUUCCAAAGAACCCUGGAGAGGCAAAGAUGCGCGGUAUAUGGGGAAGAUUUUGACUACCCGCCUGUGGAGUCCAGCUAUUGCAGCCCUCCACAGAGGCCACCUCACUGGGACCUGGAACCCCCACCCCCAUAUGAAGUAGCAAUCAAAAUCACGAGGAGCUCCACGCAUCUGCGCCGUAGCUAUUCGGACACGAUGUUGCCCACGGAACCCCUUUUCUGCCGCUCUCGAGAGAUCAGUUUUGAAGUCUGACAGCUCCUCCUGACCUCCAUUCUGUUUCCAGAGAACAGACAAACGUGAUGACUUACCUCCAACGUGUCUGUGCAGAUCAGCCUAAGACUGUUACACCACCCCUGUACCACCACUUCAGUCAGUAUCCACAGAUGAGCCCUGGAAUGUAGCAACCUCUCUGCACUUCUUUCUGUCUCUGGAGAUCAACCUUGGAGUGUGACAACCUCCUCUGGAUUCCUAUCUCUGCCUUAGAGAGUGGCAGCACCCCCAGGGAUCUUGUCCUUCUCUCCUCAAUCCCAGGAGCGUAGACCAGAUCACUGGUGCUCUGUCACCCCUGAACUCUGAACCCAAAACCACUCAACAGCUUCCAAUCAAAGUUUGUGAGUGCGGGAAGUGGGAGUGUAACAUGGCAGGUAUAAAAUGGGUGGGAUGGGUGAGGUAUGUUUGAAAUGUCCGUGACAGCUGUUAAUAGUAUGAUUCAUAGUUACUUAAUGUGUGUAAACAUAGAAAAUGAUAAUUGCAAAGGGCCAAAUUAUUUAUUUUGGGGGUGGGGGGUUUUGAAAAGAAGUGUUCCUUAUAUGGUUAUAUAUUGUUUAAGCACAGUGUCUUGUGAGGUUGUGUUCGUGACUGAUGAAUAACUGGGUGCUCCAGCUCAUCAACUGAUAAUUUAUAAAAACUUGUAUAAUGCAUUUCAUGAAUAUAUUCGUAUAUGUAGCAUGGGACAAAGUAGCUAUGGUAACUUAUUUAACUUAUUGCAGAUUGCAGAGUAAGGAUAAGCAACUUUGUGGAGUGCUCAGUCCUACAGAUUAAAUUAGUCUCUCAGAACAGAUAAAUUGCAGAGUGCCUUCAUCACAUAUAUAUAGCAUUAUUUAUCACACAUAUAGCAUAAUUACUGACAAAUACAUGUAAACAAGGUAACAGUUUCCAGAACAAUAGGAUUUGGGUAGUUUGAACCUUUUAAUUUGCACUUUUAAUCAGUCAUUUUACCAAGUUAACACAGAUUCGAUCGCACCAUCAAAAGUAUUACUGUAUGAAAUGGCAUGCAUGAUGUUUCCAGAGAAAAGGGCAAAUUAGCAUCGCAUUUAUCACAAGCUGCCUUUAAUGUAACACUCUCCAUCAGCUCACAUAGCUCAAAACUGACAUGCUUUUCCAGCUCACUUGAUGUGACAGUAAAGUAUGAAAUUUGACCCAUAAAAUGGUUUCCAGAAUCCAACAGCUGUAGAAACUUACUGAACAGCAUUCAUUGAGAAUAAAAAUUAGUGUCAUUGAUAUGGUGCCCCACCUUGCAAUACAAAUUUUAGCUCAUAAGAGCACAUUUCUGUGUGGUGUAAAUAUUAGAAAGACCUAUGGUUGAGAGAGUCUAGUUGAAAUGAAUUUUAAAAUGGCUGGUGUUGAAUUUGCCCCUAUUGAUUUUAACGUUAAAUUGAAUUUGUGUUUAGCUGGCGGAAAUGGUUCCUGUGUGGCUUUCUGACCUGAAUGACCAUCAUUAGUCAGUAAAAUUUGGCAGAUUUCACCCCACGA